UAGAGGAGAGGAGGAAGGAGGAUGAUGGGAGUGAGAAUUACUGCACACAAGUGACCCAUAUCUGACAAUAGACCACAUAAUAUCUCGGCUGCUUCUUGGACUCGAGUUUUUUUCUCCACCAGGAUGUCGGCGUCGGCGAUAUUUAUCCUCGACCUGAAGGGAAAGGUGCUGAUCUGCCGUAACUACAUGGGGAACAUGGACAUGAAUGAGAUUGACCACUUCAUGCCUAUCCUGAUGAAGAGGGAAGAAGAGGCUGAGAUGACGCCGCUGGUCAGCCAUGGCUCUGCGCACUUCAUGUGGAUCAAACACAGCAACCUUUACUUGGUGGCGAUGACCAAGAAGAAUGCCAACGCUGCUCUCGUGUACUCCUUUCUUUAUAAAAUAAUCCAGGUGUUUAAGGAGUACUUUAAGGAGCUCGAGGAGGAGAGCAUCCGCGACAACUUUGUGACAGUGUACGAGUUGAUGGACGAAGUGAUGGACUUCGGCUUCCCUCAGACAACUGACAGCAAGAUCCUACAAGAAUAUAUCACCCAGCAGGGUCAUAAAUUAGAAGUCGGGGCUCCUCGACCUCCUGCCACCGUCACCAACGCAGUGUCUUGGCGGUCGGAGGGCAUCAAGUACAGGAAGAACGAAGUUUUCAUGGACGUCAUUGAGUCUGUAAAUUUACUGGUGAGCGCCAACGGCAGCGUCCUGCGCAGUGAAAUAGUGGGCACCAUUAAGCUCAAAGUGGUCCUGUCGGGGAUGCCUGAACUCAGACUGGGGCUCAAUGACAAAGUGCUGUUUGAAAUCACAGGCAGAGAGAAGAGUAAGACAGUGGAGCUGGAGGAUGUGAAGUUCCAUCAGUGUGUCCGUCUGUCACGCUUCGAGAACGACCGCACCAUUUCUUUCAUCCCACCUGAUGGCGAGAGCGAGCUCAUGUCCUACCGCCUUAACACUACAGUGAAGCCUCUCAUAUGGAUCGAGAGUGUGAUUGAGAAGUUCUCUCACAGCCGUGUGGAGAUCAAGGUGAAGGCUCGGAGUCAGUUCAAGAGUCGGUCCACUGCCAACAACGUGGCCAUUAUGGUGCCAGUGCCCAGUGAUGCUGACUCACCCAAGUUCAAGACCAGCACGGGCAGCGCCAAGUGGGUGCCCGAGAAGAACGUGGUGCAGUGGAACAUCAAGUCUUUCCCUGGUGGUAAGGAGUACAUUAUGCGAGCACACUUUGGGCUUCCCAGUGUGGAGAGUGAUGAACUGGAGGCCAAGAGACCAAUCACAGUUAACUUUGAGAUCCCCUAUUUCACUGUGUCUGGAAUUCAGGUGCGUUACCUAAAGAUCAUAGAGAAGAGCGGUUACCAGGCGUUACCAUGGGUGCGCUACAUCACACAAAGUGGAGAUUACCAGCUCCGGACAAACUAAAGGGCACAGAUGCUGCUAGACGAAUGGAUAUUUUCUCUCUCUGUCUGUUUCCUCUCCUCUCCUCUCCUCUCCUCUCCUCUCCUCUCCUCACCCCUUCUCCGGCUCCUCGUCUGCAAUGGACAGCAGAGGACAAGUGCAGGAGGACAUAUGAAAUUUUUCUCCACUCUGAGUGGAAACAAGACAUCAUCCCCUCCUCUGAGGACUCACUCAGCUCAGACAGGAAAGGCUGUGGCAUCACCUCUGACCUGUGAUUCUUUCUUUUUUUGUAAGGGUUCCUCAGGACUCCAGUGAAAUGUUUUAAUAUGUGAAUAAUGAACUGAUAACUUUGUGACACUGUCUGGUUCUGCCAAGCUCCCAUUUCCUCACUUUUGAUGCGAUACCACUUGAGAAGAAUUCGGGAAACAACACAUUAUUUUUAAUGUAGUUUUCCUCAGAAAGAAAAAAAAAACAUACUCAAACAUAGACUUGAACGAAGCCUGAUCUAUUUUGAGUUCUUGGCUUUCUACUGUGCAACAUGAGUAUACAGUAACUGUGAUGGGUUAUUGUCAGUUCUUAUUUCACAAAGGACCAUGAUGAUGAUCGGAAGUGUGCCAUGUACUGCAGCCGAGAGAUUUUUCUUUUCUUUUAACCACUAUACACCACAUCCUGGCAAAUCUCUCAGCACCUUUAACUGUAAGGGUUUUGUCCUUAAUAUCCACUUUAUUACCCACAUACAUCGUUACUCAGUUGUUCAUCCUCCUCCCUCUCAAAGGCAUAUAUCAGAACCUCUAUAAUAUACAUUCAUUGCCUAUAUGUCAUCACCUUUAGCACUGUGAACAUAAUCCCCAGUGCACUGAAACUAACACCAGCGACCAGAUCAAUGACUAAUAAGGCACAAUAUUGUCAGAGGCGUUGGCAGUGUAACGCAGUACUGUCGACACACUCCCACGGGGCCUGUAACCUUGUCCUUGUGUUCGAAAUCAGCCUGCAGCUUCGAGGCAGAGACUGAAGGAAUGAGCACAGUGCAGACAUUUUUUGUCAUGUAGUUAUCUGUUGUUUAUACUGUACUAGUUAGUCUCCAGUGGAAAAUGCUUUGAAGGGCAAGAAAAGUGGGUUCAGGAAGGUGAAUGAGACAAAAGUAAAAUAACCUGAAGGGAUUUCUUUUUCUUUGCAGAAUCUCAGAAUACUGACAGUAUGUUGAGGUGAUCGUUUUUUCAUGACUUUUUUUUAAAUUUUUUAUAUAUAUUGUAUGUCGACCUGCGGGCCUCUGCUCUUCUUCAAAGCAGUUUGUGGUGCAAUUCACUCCCUCUGUUGUGCAUGCAUUGCACCACAUCAGUUCAGCUGCACUGCCAAAAGAGAAGAGAGUCCUGAGUCAUUUUAUUGCAUCGCUGCUGUUAAAGAACAAAAACCGUCUGUUACAAUCAAUCCAUUUUCCUGUGUGCGACAUAUUUCAGACACCAAUGAGGAUUUUUAAUAAGUGUAUGUUGUUAUGUGUUUUCAUUAAUUUAUCAACUACUGUUUGUCCAUAGGAAGCAAAGGGAUAUAUUUGGAAAUAAAUAAUUUUUUGUACCGUGUUUUGAAAUACAGUGGGGUUUUUUUUUUUGUUUGUAAGAGAAAUUUUUUAUUUGUAGUUCCAAACAAGACUACUUCACCAAAUUGUGAUGGAUGAAUAAUAUCAUGCUCUGAAAUACAGAGCAUCAACAGUGUGAUAUAAUGGACAGAUCUGCUAUGAGUUCUGUAUGAAUAUUUAACCGCAAAUGUCACAUACAGGAACAUACGAAAACAAAAAAUGUCAAAUUAAACGAAAGUUAGAGUUAAAAUAUUUAAAAGAAAAUUUUCAUUGAGAAGCUAUAAACCUUUUUUGAUGCAUUGGUUGGCAAUACCAUUAAAGGAAUUAUUCACUUAUUUGUGCGUUUGCAGAGUUUAGCUUUGCCUAAUAACUGGA